GGCCACCUCACCGGCAGCGGAAUGGAAACCGGUUCGACAGGUAACAAAUAGCCCGGCCCGGGAAAGGUGGGACGGCUCCGGCUCUAGUUGCGGAAGCGGCCCGUGCCGCGCGAGGAGGGUUCGAAGAUGCCCCGCGCCUUUCUGGUAAAGAAGCCGUGCGUCUCCACGUGCAAGAGGAACUGGAGCGAGCUCCCCGACGAGGAGCGCGGCGAGAUCUACGUGCCAGUCAGCCUGGGCUUCUGUCCACCACAGCCCUACCAGGAACCAGAGCCGUCGGUGGCUGAACCCCCUUCUUGCCCCCUGGCUUUGGACAUGAGCCUUCGGAACUCCAGCUAUAGUGUGACCCCCGGGCCCUGUGUGGUUGCCCAGCUGCCCUCCGAAGACAUGAGCCGCCUGGCAGGCCCGCAGAGCAGAGACCACGGCUUUCUGCGCACCAAGAUGAAGGUGACACUGGGGGACGGUCCCAGCGGAGACCUCUUCACGUGCCACAUCUGCCAGAAGGCCUUCACCUACCAGCGCAUGCUGAACCGCCACAUGAAGUGCCACAAUGAUGUCAAGAGGCACCUCUGCACCUACUGCGGGAAGGGCUUCAAUGACACCUUCGACCUCAAGAGACAUGUGCGCACCCAUACAGGCGUGCGGCCCUACAAGUGCAGCCUGUGUGACAAGGCCUUCACACAGCGCUGCUCUCUGGAGUCCCACCUCAAGAAGAUCCACGGUGUGCAGCAGAAGUACGCGUACAAGGAGCGGCGGGCCAAGCUGUACGUGUGUGAGGAGUGCGGCUGCACGUCCGAGAGCCAGGAGGGCCAUGUCCUCCACCUCAAGGAGCACCACCCCGACAGCCCGCUGCUGCGCAAGACCUCCAAGAAGGUGGCCGUGGCCCUGCAGAACACCGUCACCUCCCUGCUGCAGGGCGCCCACCACGUCUGAGCAGCGCCCCGAGAGGGCGGGGCCCGCCUCCUCGCUGCCCUGCCAGCCCGCCCUCUGCGGCUUCCUGCCGGAGCACCCGAGGGCAGGCCUGGAGCUCGCCACGCGUGCUCGCUCAGGCUGGCACUACUGACCUCUGUUUGCAUUUGCACUGGUGUCUUUGGACAGAGGCCGCUCCGAGCCUGGGCAGACGUGUGGGGCGGGGUGAGGCCGGGGCUGCCUUCCCUGUGGAGCAGCUGAGUCCAGAGAUAGGACUUCCUUCCCAGACGAGGUACGGGAAGGUGAUUCUCUUGUCCCUCACCUCUGAAGCCUGGGGCAGGGGCAGCUGGUUCCCUGUGGAUGGCAGUCGGGUGCCCUGACAAAGGGCACCGCGGCAAACACUGGCGGUGGAGGAGCUGGCGAUGGCUCACCCGGCCGUGUUCCUCUUGCUCAGGGCUGCAGGGCUCUGCUCGUCGACAGGGAGAUGCACACACAUGUGCACAGCCGUGGAUGUGCGUACACGGGAGGCCUUGCCACAUAUCACCUCAUUUUUAAGAAAUCAACUACUGGUGCCAAGGAGGUUUUAUUUCUUUUUUUAAAAGAUGACAAGUGUACAGAUAUUAAUAUAUUUUUGGUGCCGAUGGCGACUGCUUCUAAGAGAGGAUGGAGCUGGCUUUUCUCCUCCCCACGCAGUUCUAUUUAUCCUGGACAUUUCACACCUCCCCUGUGCCUCGGCUGUGGGGUGGCCACCGUCACCCACCCUCAUCUUUCCCAAGAUAUUUAAUCGAAGACUUCCCUCCAGCCCUAGGGGAGCGUACACUGCACCCCGUUCUUUCCUCCUGAUGGGACAGCCCAUCACAGCUUCUGCUCUUCCCUCCUUGGAAUUCUGCCUCCUUCCUGCAUCCUUUCAAGGCCAGCCUCCGGGUGACCGAGAGCCCCCUGGCCUCCUGAUGACAGACCAUGGGCGGAACAACUCACCAUUCCAGAGGCCGAGGGUUUGUCCGGCUGGGGCCGCGGGGCUGAGACCAGAGGUGGGGUGAUGAGUCUGUGAUGCACCCAGGGGUCCCCCGCCGGCAGUCACAAGAAGAGUGCAGGGCCAGGCUGUGAGGUCUGCUCUUUUCCUGGCUGAGUCAAAAACCUUAGGACAGGAGCAAAAAAGUGGGAGAGAGUCAUAACCAGACACAUCAGAAGCUUCUGGAGGGAGGAUGGUAUGAGAUGGUUAACAGGUUAUCUUUGUAACCUUACUGCUGUUUUUCAGACGGCGGGGUUGGCCCUUGAGGCCCUGAGGAGGGAGCCACCCCUCCACGGGCUGCUCCAUUAGAAGGACUCGGCCAAGCUCCCCUGGCUCUAGCCAGGUUUCCUACCAAGAACAGGAAAGGGCUGUGGGUCAAAAGGGAGAGACAGGCAGGGGCUGGAGCUAGUCUACCAAAGAAUGAGAAGGCAAACUCGAAAGAGAAGACAACAGAGCUGGUGGAGCCGCCCCGCGAAGCCACAGCCCAGGUGGACCCAGCCUUGGCCUGUCCUGCAGCAUCCACACAGCCCGGGAUGCGGGAGGGGGCCUUCUCUGGCACAGCUCUGAAUGUGUGUGGAUGGUUUUGGAAGAGUCUGGCUUCAUUUUACUUUAGGGCCUGCAAGAGCUGCUGUAUUCUGGAAGUUGUAAUGUAUACAGUAACAUUCUCUGGAAGUUCUGUCUUGUUUACGUGUCUGUGUCCCUGUGUGCGUUGCCUGGUCGUUGUCCAUCUCUGUGUUCAUUGCCAUCCAAGGAGGCUGCACAGCUCUGUGUUUGUUUUAUUUUAUAACUUUUCCCUCAACUGGCAAAAUAAAAAAACUGUCAUUUUCUGUGUUUCA